CACAGUUCAAUUUGUUCGCAUCUUUGACAAACAACAACCAAAACAAAAAUGUUCAAAUUCGUCGCAAUUGUCUUGAUGGCCGUCUUCGCCUGUGCCGCUGCCAAACCCGGUGUUGUAGCUCCUUUGGCCUACAGUGCUCCCGUUGUUGCUGCUGCUCCCGUUGCCGCCAGUGCCGUCGUCUCGCAAGAAUUCCAUGGUAACUUUGCUGCUCCCUAUGUGGCUUCUCCCUAUGUAGCUGCUCCCUAUGCUGCACCUUAUGUUGCCUCCCCCUAUGUAGCUGCUCCUUACACCACUUAUGCUGCUGCUGCUCCUUAUGUUGCUGCUCCAUACACCGCCCCCUUGUUGUUGAAGAAGUAAAUUGUUGAGACUGUCACCAGACCCACGAUUUAAAAAUACAUUCCCCCCACACCCCACUUAAUGACAAUGGAUA